AUGAAUCCUCUUUGGACAAUCGCCUACACCCAACUCGAGCUAGACGGAAACCGGGUCUCAACAAAUAAAUCUAUUGCUGAUGCAAUUCAGUUCAAAAACGCGACCGCAUGCGCCGUUUCAACUUGUCUCAGAGACUACCACGUCUCUGUGAAUAACGGUAUUCCCUCCGUUCGAUCUAAGAACUUCGAAUUCGGCACUAUCUACGAUAAUCCCUCCCCGGAUUCCGAUAGCUGGUCAAGGUGCUGGAAGCCCGGAGACGCUGGAGAGGACAAAAGUAAAUUUGCCUUUUGCGACGACUCGAUGUCGUCUUUUGGAACCGAUUCUUUGGGGUUUAUUCCCGAUGCACUAAACUUGGAAUGGGAUUUUGAUCACGUACUUCAUACAUGGUCCUUAGCGCCCACUAAUGACGAGGAGAUUCCGAACUCGAAUCCAAUUCUGCAGCAAUAUGUUCGCGUUGGCUUCGAAGAGGUCGUUACCAGGAUGGCGGACUCUUUAACGAAGUUGGGUCUGGAAACUACGAAUCACAGUGUUAUUGGCACAGGGUAUAUUCCGGCGGCCUUUGUGGCCGUGAGAUGGCCUUGGAUUAUUCUCCCUGUCAUUCUUCUUGUUACUGGGGCUUUAUUCUUGAUGGUUACUAUGGUCAUCAGUAAGAAAAGCCAUGCGCCGCUUUGGAAAUCCUCUGCUCUGGCACCCUAUUAUCAUGGAGUGGAAAGGGGUAGUGAUGAUGAGGAUUAUGACGAGCUCCUGACUGCCAGCUCUAUGGAGAGAAAGUCGGAAGGGGAAACUGUUCAAUUGCAGCGCUCUGAGGAGAAUGGGAGAUUGGUGUUACAAAAGCAGGGCAUAUUGGCCGACUCCUCUGGGCAAAUUAUUCAACCGAAAUAA